AUGUUUUCAGAUCUUGAAGACUGUCAACACAUUGAAAAGGUAUUGAAUACCAAUAACAGGACGACGGUAUUAGAGACGUAUAGACAAGCUAUCAAAAUAUCCCUUUUAAUCAACUCAUCCAAUACUUUCAAAUUAGUCAAGGACAAUUCGAAAUUUUCCAAUGAUAAGUUACAAUCAUUGAAGAUAAAUGCCUUGAAAUGUAGUAACUGUAAGUUGAAUAACUUUAACAAUAACUUAAUUUGUUUACAAUGUCCCAACAUUGGAUGCCAAAUCAAUAAUCAUCAUUACAAUCAUUAUAAAUUGAGCCAACACCUUUUUGCAAUAGAUAGUUCCAAUGGAUUAAUAUUUUGUUUCAAGUGUAAUAAUUAUAUAAAUAAUUCCAGUUUGAAUGAUAUAAGGUUAAGUAUUUUGGAUAUUGGUCACCAGAAGAAUUUGAAUGAAUUUUCCAAUUCCAGAAUCAAUGGGAAUGAUGAUUCAGAUAAUGAAUUUAACAUAGAUGAAGAAUUCGAAAAUCCAACCAAUUUAUCUAUAAACGGAUUGAAAGGAUUCAUUAAUUUUGGUUCCACAUGUUUUAUUUCAUCAAUAUUACAGACGUUCAUUCACAAUCCUAUCAUCAAGUAUGAUUUUUUCAAUAAUGAUGAUCAUUAUUUCAAUUGCGAUGAAUCCACUUGUAUAACUUGUUCAAUUGAUAAAAUUUUCACUGAUUUUUAUACUGUAGAUAAUAACGAAAGUUUUGGAAUGACCAAUUUGUUGAUUAAUUCCUGGUAUAAGAACAAAUCUUUAACCGGUUUCGAAGAACAAGAUGCUCAUGAAUUUUGGCAAUUUUUAUUAAAUCAAUUCCAUAAAGAUUUUCAAAGAGUUCAAGGUCCAGAAUUAUCAAAUGGUGAUAAGAAUCGAUCAAAUUCCAUUUAUGGUAAUUGUAAUUGUAUUAAACAUAAAUAUUUUCACGGAGAAUUAGAAUCAUCUAUUAAAUGUUCAAAUUGUGGUAAUGUAACUAAGAAAAUUGAUCCAAAUUUUGAUUUAUCAUUAGAAUUAACUAAUUUACCUUCAAAUUCAACUAUUUAUGACUGUUUAAAUUUAUUUACUAGUAAUGAAAUUUUAGAUAAUUAUAAUUGUCCAAAUUGUUUGAAGAAUUCCAAACCAAUAAAAUCUUUAAAAAUUAAUCAAUUAUCACCAAUUUUAUCAAUUCAAUUGAAAAGAUUCAAACAUACGUUAUCUAAUUUUGUUAAGAAUGACUUGUUGAUAAAGAAUCCUUUAUAUUUAGAUUUAUCAAGUUAUUUAUCUACACCCAACAACAUUAAAAAUUCCUUUUAUGAAUUGUUUGCUUUAAUAGUUCAUACAGGUUCAGUGAAUACUGGUCAUUAUAUUGUUAUCAUUAAAAUAAAGAAUCAAUGGGUUAAAUUCGAUGAUAGUAUUGUUACCCUUGUUCCUCAAAAGGAAAUUGAAUCAAUCAAUGCAUAUUUAUUAUUUUAUAUAAUUCAUGAUCUCAAAACAUGA